CUGCCUGAAAAGAGGUUGUGAUGAGCUGGGGGAUCAGCCUCUUCUCCCAGGUAACAGUGAUAGGAUGACAGUGAAUGGCCUCAAGUUGUGCCAGGGGAGCCCAUUCAAGUUGGAUUUAAGAAAACUUCCUUAUCUGAAAGAGUGGUGACUGGCACAGGGUGCCCAGGGAGGUGGUGGAGGUCCCAGGCGGUGCUUGAGAAAGGUGUAGAUGUGGCACUGAGGGACAUGGUUAGUGGGCAUGGUGGGGGUGGGCUGGUAGUUGGACUUGGUGAUCCUCGAGGUCUUUUCCAGCCUUUACCAUUCUGUAAUUCCUGCCCACGCAGCUGAUGGCUCAGGCAUUGUCUCAGCUGCUGCUGGCACUGCAGCAGAGAGCAGGCACUGGCACUGCCUGCCUGCAGCCCGCCUCUCUUUGCUCUAGUAGGUGGACCAAGGCAGCAUGCGCAGUGUUUGCCCUGUGCCUCUCCUGCCUCAUCUGUGGUUUCAGCUAGCCAAGCGAUCACCUGGCACACUUCCUACACUUCUAACAUUGCUUCAACCAAAGCAAACAAAAAGCCCUACUCCACCUGUCUCUGCUGGUAGGCUUUAGCCUGCGGGUGCUUCAGCGGGGAACACACAAGCUGACAAAACCCAGAUCUUUUAUCAGUGUGCUAAAACCAGCUGUAGUGCUCUAGCAGUAGGAAAAAUAUGUAAGGCUUUGCAAAUGAGAGAAACGGUCAGCCUUAUCAAAGACAUUUGCCAUUUGAAGAACAGCCUUCGCACCAUUUUUGUAUUUACAUUCUCUACAGUUCCUAAUGAACUUUGGCUUUGGUUACUACUGUUAUGGUGUAAGGCAGCGUCUCACACGUUGUUAAAUAAAUAUUUUUUUGCAAAUAAGGACUUGCUACAGAGGGAGCUUUCAGCACGUUCACAUUUCCCACCAGGAAGGUGCAGAUACGAUACUUGGUAUUUUUUACUGUAAUCUCCCAAACGUUCAGCCAAGCCCGCUGACAGCGAGAGGUGAACAGUUCAUACCUGUGGGUGGGAAGCAAUGAAUACCCACGCUGUACAGGGAAAGUCAGUCUCACUUCCAUAGAAACUUUUCUGUAAUUACUCUUGUGAUGUAAUGCCACUUCCCUGAAUGGCUGAGAAAAAAAAAGUCCCCGUUGCUCGACUGUGGGUGGUUGCUGUGGUUUUUUUCUGUUUGGUUUUUUUUAUGAUUCACUUUCAGAGUCACCGUUAAGGCAGUGAAGGGCUGCUGCUGCUGUGCCAGAAGAGGCAGCGAGGCGGCUCAGGAGGGGAUCUCAGCGCUGCUGCCAGCUGGAUGAAUGAGGCACUUACAGAAAAUACAGGUGGGCUCUGCUCAGAGACCUGCAGCACAGACACAAAAAGCCACUGUCGUGGGUUGCAGCAGGGAAAUCCCAAUUAGAUAUAUGAGGGAAGAGCUCCCAGUGGGAGUGGUUAUGUGUGAGAUGACCCUGCCAUCAGCCCAGCUCGGAGCAUCGGGUUGGAUGAGCUGAGCUCCAGAGCCCCCAGCCGAGAGAGGUUGUUCCAUGGAUCUGAGCCCACGAAACCCAUGUGCAGAUUUGUUCCCAGUGGCGGAGAGCAGCUAGAGGUGGCUGCAGGAGGAGCCUUUCUGGGGUCACAUUUUCUCCCCUUAUGGUCAGGAACAACUUGCUCCAGCGGAAAAUAAAGCGAUAAGGUGCUGCUAUCAGACAGGAUGAGUCAGGCAGCUUCCAGCAAGAAGGUACUCAGCUUUCACCUCUGUGUGGCAAUAGCCAGUCUUCAAGAGAAAGAAGCCUGUUUACCCAGUGUUUAGACAGGUUUUUAUUCCAGGAAUGGAAAAAAUUCUUGCGACCUCAGCUCUGUCUGUUCACAGAAGCACCAGAACUGCUGUGUCACAAAGGUUUGGGUCAAAGCAAAUGCUGCAGUGUAAGUAAACAGCAGCUGUAGCGUAUCUAAUGUGGAUGCUGCUGGGGAAAGGAACGUUUUCAUUUACCAUUUCAUUAUCAGUAUCAUUCAAAAUAAGCAAUACUGUUUCUUAAUUGUUCUCAUUUAUUUAAAUGUGUUAUAGAUGUGUUGUACCCAAGAUGUGUAUGACUAUGUGGGUGCGUGCAGCUGCCACUCGCUAGAAUGUAGCUGUUUUUAUUGCACAGAGCUCUGCGGAGACACGAUUGAAGUUCAUGAGAAAGAAAAUGUUACAGAUGCUAAAAGCACGGGGAUUAUCAGUGGGUGUUUCAAUAAUCGUGAAAUUACAUGAAGAGAUUGCGUCACAUUGCCAGGCCCAAUUACAGAACAAGCACUAUUGGUGCUGUGCGGGAAGCCCCGACCUUCUCCAUGGCUUGGGUGUUUCUCUCCCCAUUUAGCCGUAGCGAGGUGAGCAGUUGCCUUUCUGUGUUUGGAAGGCAGACCCCUUCCACGGGGGAAGCCAGCAUGGCCCCCCCAUCCUGCAGCCCCCCAAUCCCAGCUCUGGGAGGUCUUGCCAUCAUGGGAGGUGCCGCUGCCAUCAGCGAUUCUGGCAAAGCUCCACACUUGGGUCCUAGUAAGGUGUGUUGGUACAAUUCAAGUAAGUAAAUACACAACCUGUGGCAGGCGUGACUAAACUUUGAUGGCAUUUCAGCCUGCUGAUCAGUUCAUAAAAGUUCCCUAUUCCCGCAACUGGGCUCGUAUAACAUGAUGAAAUACAAAUCGUGUGUGUUGGGGGGAAUUUCUUAAAAGUCAUUGAAUUUUGAAAAUGCUUUUGGGAAAUGGAUAGACAAUAACUUCCCAGAUGGCAAUGCCAAGAUUGCCUCUCCACCUUCUACCUUGAUUUUCUUUUUUUUUUUCUUUUCUGCAUUCCUUCUCAGCUAACCACAUCUUGCAGUAACUAGCUAUUCAGAGUUACGCAUCUACAGUUUUAAGGUGCCUGCUUCAAAUUCAGUGCUCACGUGACGAUGUGCAUGUGCUCAAUUGAACUCACCAAGACCAGAUUCUUGAUUAGGUUGUGUUUAGUUUGCCUACUGUAACCGAAUGCCUUUCGAUCAAAAAGCACCUUAAUUUGCACAAGAACUUGCACUUCUUUUCAUCCUGGAAGUGUUUGCUUCUGCCUUUUCCCAAAGCCAAGAUGAGGGGUUAGGCAGAUUUUUUGUUUCUGCAGACAGAGAUGACCUGUUUCUGCAAGCAGGCAGUUUCCACGCCAUUUAUUCAUCAGUGGGCAUCACUACUGUGUGCUGCUCUGCACUGUGAGCAUUUGGGCUGUCUCUUCUUGCUCACUGAUGUGAGUGUGCAGGAUGUGAGGGCACCUGGCUCAUGCUGGGAUACCCAGUGUGCCAGCACUCAGCACAGCCGCGCUCUCCAUUGGGCAACAACUGGCUCCCUGCAGGCUGGCAUACACGGCAAUAACGCAUCUACAAGCAGAGUGAGAUCACUUUAUCCCAAGCCCAGCAUCCCAGGUUGGGGCCAUGGGAUGUGCACGCUGGUGGAACAGCACUCUGAGUUGCUGUGGUGCACACAGUGUGGCAGCACGCCAAUGCAUGUUCAGUGCACACUGGCACAUUGACCAGUGGGCUGGGCUCAGCCAGCCCCAGCCUCCCGCUAUCUCUCCACAGCUCUCACUGCGGUGGUUUCGUGUCUCCUUGUCUCUCCAAUGACACGUUCCUAGAUGGCAUCCAGCACUGAGAGCUCUGACAGCCUCCACUCUUGUGUUUGACCUCAAGACAGGCCACCGACAUGACAUCCCAUCAGUGUUUUGUGUUACUGCAGCAAGAUUUCUUGUGUUCUGCAGGACUGAGUGACUGGCAAGCUGAAAAACAAAAUCCUAGCAGAGCAAAGAGGCAAGCUUGUGUGACAUAUUUUUGGGAUAAAGCAAUAUUGCCAGACAUUUGGGAAUUAAUCCCUGAAAAAAAUGACAUUUUUCUCAUUGGUUUGCUUCAUAAUUAAUUCCAAGCUUCAGAGUGAUCACAGCUGCCAAGUAAGAACAAUUGCUUAUGUUUUUUCAGCUAAACUAAAGCCACAACUUUUUUUUUUAAUCUCUGAGCAUGGGGAAGUAAUUUUAAUAAUUACUUCCUCAUAAGACAUGCCCAAGAGGAAAAGAGAUGCUCUCAGUCAUGGAGCUGCUCUCGUAAGCAUGAGGGGGAUCAAGCUUUCCUCCCUCUGCUUUCUGAUGCACCUGCUGCUGGACAAGAUAAGCAUGAUUUUAGCCCUGGAAAAUCGAGAUGCAAUCAAGCCACGGGAAGUACGGUUUCACUCCCUGAACUUCAACAGCACCCUGCGCUGGCAGCCUGGGAGGGCUGGAGAAGGAGAAGCUACGCUCUACUUUGUGCAGUAUAAAGUGUAUGGGCAGAGCAAGUGGCAAAACAAAGAAGAGUGCUGGGGGAUUCAGAGCUGUUUCUGUGACCUGACGGAGGAGACUUCCGAUGUCCAAGAGCCCUACUAUGGCAGGGUGCAAGCUGCUUCGGACGGUGUCCGCUCUGACUGGAGCCUCAGCAGCAGAUUCACUCCCUGGCGAGAAACUAUGAUAGGACCUCCAACAGUAAAGGUGGUUCACAGCAACAAAUUCAUAAUACUAAAGCUCCAGGCUCCACGUUCGGCUUACAAAAGGAAGAGAGGAAGCAUGAUACCAAUGACAAAUUACUAUGAUCUCCUGUACCAAGUCUUCAUAAUUAACAACUUGCUAGAUGAGCAACACAGAGUGCUGGUGUAUGAAGGAAAAGACAAGGUGAUCAAAAUAGAAGAUCUGAGGCCGGGAGUCAGCUACUGCAUCACAGCUAGAACAUCAGUGCCGGUGCUGGGCCGCAGCAGUGCCAACAGCAGCAGGCAGUGCACCGUGUUGCUGUGACCAGGCAGGGCCAGAGCCAGAGAUGAUGCGGGAAGGUGACAGCCACCCCCUCACCAAAAGGAGAAGGCGACGUAUGGCAGGAACACUGCUGUCCCACAGGGCAUCGUUUGCCAGAGUUCUUGCAUCUUCUUGGCUCGUUUCACUCCAGAUGGGAACAAUACACCCAAGAAGGUUAGAAGAAUGGUGUGGAUAAUUAUUUGCAUGCUGUCGGGGUGCUCAGAAAUGCCUCCUUCUUCCCUUUCUUCAAACAGUUAUGCAUAAUGUUAUUUCAACAGUUUUUACUGCUGUCAUGCAAUUAUUAACCAGGAAAAUAAGUGGCCUCCAGCUUUGUUAACUAGCAGUUCUGCUGCAGCUUCUCCAGGGAUUUAUCCAGUGUGUUUAAUCUAAAUGUACCCAUUGUCUCUUUAUGGCCAUUAUUUAAGCAUUAUGUGUUUAAAAAUGAAUCAUUUAUCAAAUUUCAUGAGUUUCCAUGAGCCGGAAUGAAAGAGUUAUUUCAAUUAGCUGGUCUGAAUAGUCUAUCUACUCACCUCAGUCACUGUAUUAUAUUCAUGUAUCACUCGCUCAGCAAAGAGAUUUAUUAUUCAUCCAGCCUUGCAGGUGCCAAGGCGCAAAGCACCGUAAGACAUCAGUGGCAUUGGCCACAGCAAGCUUAAGUUUGGGUCCCUUCUAAGGGGGGAAACAGGGAAAUCUUCAGAGUUUGAGCCUGUGCUUCUGUUUGCCUCCUGGUUAUAGCACAACUGUAACAGAUUUUCCUUCUUCCGCUUCAGAAUGUGAUGCAUAAUGAUAGUUUUUCUUGAGAUAGAGUCAAUAGUUAAGGCUAAGGAGCUGGUUUCUAGGUGAUUUCCUCACACUGAUGAAUAGCUUUCCUGGUAUGGUACAAAGCUGAAAGCUUAGGUAAGAGCAGAACAGCCUACAGAGGUACAGGAGGGGUGCGGGCAGAGGGCAUGCAUUGCAUCUUCAGUUGAAUUCCAUAGCAUGCAACUUAAACGUGCACUGCAGCAGCAAUUCUUUCUCUUCCCAGUUCCUGCGAUAAUGGUGGAGGAUGCCUCCUGUUACAGGCCCAGCUGUAAAUUGACGUCUGGCGUCUAGAAUAUGGCUGGACUGCAUAUGUGGAUGCUUUUGAAGUUAAACCUUGCUGCAUUAAAUAAUUAAUGCAUCACGAUCAUUUUAUGUUAUACAAAUCUCAAGGAUUCUUUGUAUGCCCUGUAGCACAAUUUAAGACAGUAUCUAUCUGCGCUUACAAACCAAAGAGCCUUGUUUUGUAAUAAAAAAACUGUGAAAAGCACUUGUGAAAAUAUCUUUAAGAUUGUUUCUAUGGUUUUCUAUUUUAAAACUUGGAGUUAAAACAUGACUUAUGAAAUAGAAGUUUCAAACACUUUAUUUCUUCUAUAAUAAAGGUUGUAGAAGAAAGUGAAAAAGAAGUUCUUUAAAAUACGUGUGCCCGGUGCUACAUCUUCAUAGUGUCCUCAACAUGACAUUUCUGGUAGUGAAAUCAGCAUGCAAUUAGACAGGAAAUCAUGUAAACUGAAACAGAAAAGAUCUUUGCUUUCAGUUAAUGACAGACAGUUAAAGGAAAGAGAUCUCUAUUUUAAACAGUUAAUGAACAAAUGCUGGCCAUCACCUGUGAUUUCCAGUGAUUCAACUCCUCUUCAUCUUUGUCCCACAAGAGAAAAGUUUUCCCAGGUAAGGUCUGGGUAGAUAUUCACUAAGCCACCAAUGGAGAGGGAAAGUGCUUUUUGCCAGGUCUACAAGAUCUGUAACUAAUAAUAAUCUUAAUACUUAACAUCAUUCUACUGUCGAGAAUUAUAUGAGGCAGUGAGAGUGGGGCAGGCAUAAGAAAGCAGAGAAAGCCCUUGGGUAAACAGAGUUCCAUGCUACAUAGUCACUCCCCACUUUUCCCUUAAUUUACUGAUACUGAGCAUACUGAUACAGGUACUGAGGUGGAUUAGUUCAUUCUAAAUGACAGACCUUGAGUUCACUUACACCCCGUCCAAAUUAUUUUUCAUUUUUUGUCAUCAGCACCUCACCUACAAGCAGCACUGCUGAAAGCAGCAGCAGGAUGCCAGCAGAAGCAGGAUGCCAGCAGCAGGAAUCUGGGAUGAGGCCAUGCUUAACUAAGUGAAUGCUGGUCACUUGUGCCUUUACCAAAAUGAAGAAGGACAUCAUAUAUUAAAUAUUUCCUCCAUUUGAUUCCAGCACAUGAUGUGUUUGAAUGACCACUCUUGUAGGCAUCUAACAGUGUCCACAAACUUAGUCCAUAAAAUCAGGUUUCCUUCUCAGCACUUCCCUAUUUACUCCUACUGUGCCCCUAUUGCACAGUUUCUUAACUUAGGUACAUUUAUUUGGGUAAUGAGACUAAUUAAACCUCUAUACAAUACCUAACCCCAUUACAAGUUCCAGAUCUCAGCAGCUGGCAAUAAGCUGCAAGAACUGCAUGCAACUUGCAGGAUCCAGCUCUGCUCUGCUGCAUCCCUCUCAUUGGGCAGAACCUCCAUAAAACCGCCCAGGUAAAGCGUUAGGAAACAGCAUGUCAUGUAUUGCAGCACUGAUGACUUUGUCCACUCUUGAGUUAUCACAACCUGAAAAAAAUAUUUGCAGUAAUUCAAGAUCUUUCUCGAUUUCACUUCUUGCCCUAGGGCAGCUCAUUUUGCCCUUGUUAAACAAAAACAAUGUUUUAUUAAAGUCACAACUGCUAACCCUGGUCAGGGAACAGACUCUGGAUACUGUACCUGUGUCAGAUGCAGAGCAUGAAACUGUUUAGGACUCUGAAUCUUCAGGCUUUAUUAAGAAGAAGGUGCCUGAAGAGUUCAGACCUGGCUAGGAGUAUAGUAGGUGCCAUGCUAUAGAAUCAUAGAAUCCUUAGAGUUGGAAGGGACCUUUAAAGGUCAUCUAGUCCAACUCCUGUGGACUCAGAGAAGUUGGAAACCAAAAUUUUUUUUUUAAUUUGAUACAAUUAUACAGAAUUAUACACUGGGAAAAAGAAUAAGAAAUCUGAAGAAGCCUUGUGCUAUCAUAUUUGCUAACCAGAUUUCACUUCCUUAGCAACAACACAGCCUUACAGAAAGCGGUGCAAGAGUUGCAGGAAUUGCUUCCAUUCUGACAGCAGUAUAAUUUAUUAUUAACAACCCCAUGAUGUUCUGCAAAAGUCAAUUUUCUCUUUCUGUUUGGAAUAUGAGUUUAUUUUUGGCUCUGCUCUGCAAUGCAAUUUUAAUGAGGAAGGGUUUGGUAAAAUGGUUAGUGCCGUAUUUUUCUCCACAAACAGCAAUAGUGCCCUGUUCCCACAGCAAGCUUCAUUGGGUUUGCAGUACAGAGGGCUCAUACAGGGACAAGUACUUCACUGUAGCAGUUACCAGGUGCAUGAUCUGCACCCACAGCACCUAGAUAGUGCUGGUAAUGCUGUUGCUUUUAAAAACAAAAUUUUGGAUGCCUUGUCCCCUAUGCUGCACUGCUGUUAAUAUCUCUGUGAAGGUGGAAAGGAAGAAGAGCUUUCUCCUAGGCUCUGAACUACAGAAGGGCUUUCCUGAAGGCAAGGCAGUUUGGAAAUAAUUGGAAAAGUGAAUUCUGGCCUUCUUCCCCCUUCCUUCUCAUGGGUACAAAGAAGUCUCUGCUGUGGGUUCACCUCUCAGAGCUAGCCUUAGCUGGCAUACAAGGUGUUCAGCACAUGUGCCCACAAGGCAGAAUGCCUUCAAGUUGUUGGCUUGAUCCCUAGAACUGGGCUGUCCAUGCAGUGCACAUGCUGGAACUCUCCUGAGCUCUUCUCUGAUGGAAACUAUGGAGGGCCUUCUGCAAUGAAGCCUAAGUAGGGUGGAGGAGAGCAGUGUUCAAACAAUUCCUCCACAAGCCAUUCCCUGAAGCACCUUUUCAGCAUUUGAAGAGAGCUAGGCUCACCAGCCAUACUUUCAGAGCCUUUGAUUGUGGAGGGCACCUGGCAGGAUCCAUCUUCUAACAUGGGCCAUGCCUAAGGCUCAUGAGAUUACAUUUGCUGACAUUUCCAGCUAGCUUGUACAUCUGGCAAGCAGUUUGCAGGGCCCAGCUGAAAACACCCUUCCCCAGUUUUGUGCCGCUAGCAGACCAGGCACUUUCCAGUAAAGUGCCAAAUUCCAGCUUCUGAUUCGGGAAACAGAAAUAAAUGCCGGUUGCUAGAGCCAUGACAUUUCCAUAGAGUGGAAAGUUGAAGCAGAACAAAAUCAGGACUUGUGCAAUCUGUUCUCUAAGAUCUUGCCUGCUGCAUCACCGGGGAUGUCUACAGUCACAUGCACAUGUCGCAAUGGCCUCAUCUGGGCAUGUCCUCCUAUCACAGCUGGAGAUCCUGCCAACAAGAAAUAAAUAUUACAUAUUUUACAGUAUGCCAUUAUUGAUCUUUGUGUGAAGUGGAGCCCAUCCCUCAAGGCCAAUCCUUUCUACCUGACCAUGCUGAACAUUACCUUAUCUGUGGGAUGGAGUAACAGCUUAUCUCCCACUGUAAAUGAUAUCAACUUCCCGUUCCACUGGCACACACAACUGCAAUAUUCGACUACUAGGAAUUCAGUAACAGAAUUCUGGAAAAGCUGAUGGAGCAACAGCAAUGGAGCAGAUGCUCUAGCCUUAUAAAUUAGGAGAAUAUUAUGCAUAGCCAGCUGUACGAUAUAAAUGCCCAGUUUUAUAUGAUGCCAUGAUCCUUGGUGUUUAUCGUAUGGUCUAGCACUGGGCCAACCCUGUUCACGCCCAUAUAUCUGCUGUAAUCAGAUGUAAACUUGGGGGUUAUUUGCUUGCAUGACUUGAUCUCUUGUAAGAACCAUUCUCGUGGCCCAAGGGUGGGGUGUGAUUGUGAAAUGACGUUGGUUUUUGCAUCAGAUCUAUCAGAUGUUAUCAAGCAUUCCACUCACAGUGAAUUUCUCCGAACUACGUGAUUUUCUGUGGAUUCCCUGAGGAUUUUGAUGUUUGCUACAAUGAUUGAAGGUAUUAACCUGCAAAAUCUGUCUUCCAGUAAAAAAAGAAGCAUGAAGAAAACAAAAGCCCCAACUCCUGAGAGUUAGUUUGCCACAAAGGACACAAGACACCAAGGAAGAGUACAUCUGUAGAGAAACAGGGAAAGAAAUGGCACUGGUGUUCAUCACUGGCGAAUGUACAGUAUCCUUAGCCGCUUGUUUUCAAGUUCUUUUAUAAAAUGUUUUCAAGAAGAAAAAAGCUUGAAAAUUGAAUUCCCCAAGUGAUGAUAUAGCUUGCUGUUGUAUUGCAGGUCUUACGAGUUGAUUUUGCUGAAGGCCCUGCUCAAACAGUCCUUGCUGCCAGAAUUUUGUCUUGAGAUGGGAAAAAAAAAAUGGGAAUAUUGAGCCCUGAUGCUUACAAGAAAAUUUCAAAAAGAGAAUUCCUGAAAGGGAAUUUGCCUGAAGCAAAUAUUGAAGAUUCACUAACCAUUUUUUUUAUUAUUAUUAUGUUGGUCUUUUCUAAGGUAGAGAGCGUAAGGAUACCUUACACUGAUUCACAUAAAUAAAUACCCUCGGCACUGACAAAAUGCACCCCAACAGGAUGACAUGUUUAGACAGAAGAGGUAACAAUGAGCAUCUGCUGUGCUAACUGUUGUACCCACAAGAAGAGUGAUUGUUAAAUUAUCAUUGCAUUGAUGUUCUUAUGUCCUUCGAGCAAUGUCAUUCUGACACAAGAGGGGCAUUGUUUAUUAAUUUUGUUUGUUUGUUUGUUUUUUGCAGUACAUAAUAUCGAUUCCAAGAAACAGCCUUAAGCUCUUGUUUUUCAUGUGGAAACAAUGGAUAACCAAGUAUUUUUAACAUCGUUAGAGGACACUGGGUUUGUCUAAAACCUGGUAAAUGACAAGCACUCGAUUGUCAUAGGACGGGGAUGAAUUCUUAUUUCUGGGCUAAAAUCAUAUUCCUAAUUUUUAUAUUGGAAAGAAUGAAGGUUCUAAAAUAUAUCAAGAAAAAGAAAAACAAUAGAGUUGACUCAAAAUCACACUUCAAAUUGAUCUGCAAAAUCACUGAUUGUGUUCCCAAAUGCAAAGUUAAAGACAGACAUACAAGUGGGGCAAAAACAGAUGUAAAAGCUUGAUUUAGGCAGAAGAAUGAGAAAGAUUCUGGGGAACAGCAGAAUGACUAAUACAAGGUAAGAAGAGAGAGUGUACAGAGAAAGUGGCUGGGGAUAAAAAUGGUUGCAGCAUUAGAGGAAAAAUGUGUGCUAUUUCAACCAGCUUACAAAAUACAAGCAAAGUGACUUGGGCAGCUACAUGGUACAACUGCUGGCACAGACACUAAACAGUUUGUGCCUUUGAAAAGGACUGUUAUAAUGGCAUAGAGAAAGACUAUUUUUAUGAGUGUGCACAGCCAAGGAGAAACCUUACACCUACAGGGACAUGAUGUUCAUGUAUUCUGCUCAAAGAGGUAUUUCAACACCAAUCUUUAAGCCCAAAGAGCCAUUAUCAAGAUUUUAAAAGCUGCAGAGAGAGAUUCAUCCAUGGAAGCAGGAGCUACAGUUACUGGAAAGGCUUAUUCAUUGCAGCUGUUCAAGAGAUAAAUCCAGACACAUAGUGGGGCUGAGUCACCUCAGCAUAGAUGCCAUUUAAGAUAUGUAUACAGUUUUGUGGUCAUUUCACAACAAUGAGAAGCUAGGCCCCACCACACUGCUCUCUCACUCCCCAUCCUCAAAAGAAUAUAGGAAGACAAUAUGAUGAAAAAGGGUUCAUGGCCUGAGAUAAGGACAGGGAGAUCCCUCACCAAAUACCGUCAGGGGCAAAUCAGACUCAGCAUAAGAGAGACUGAUGUACUUUAUUGCCUGCUAAUUGCAGACUAGAGCAAUGAGAACUAAAAACAAACCAAAAACACUUCCCUCCACCCACUUCUCCUUCCUCCCAAGUGGUGAAGGGGAACAGACAAUGAGGGCUGCAAUCAGUCUGCAACACUUCGUCUUUACUGCAAUUCAUGUCCACUCUCCAUUCCUGCUCCAGCAUAGGGUCUCUCCCACACCUUUAGUAUGAGCAAAUACAGUGCUUGGGAUGCGCUGGCAUAUAGCUGGCAAAAAUGGCUUACGGAAAGAUUUUAUCCCUCUUUUAACUAACAGAAACAUAUUAGAAACAACUGCAAGCACCAAAUUAUAUUACCAAUAGUCAUCAAAAGGAACACUAUAUUGUUUAUUUUGCCAUGACUGACCAUUGUCGCAAAAAUUAUCCAGCUACUUCCAGACAAAGUAGGAAAUGUAACAUUUUAAAACUAAGCAGUCACCAUGAUCCAAGGAAGGAGCUAUGCAUCCAAGAACUCAAGCCCUGUAGCCAGAAGCAUGACCUCUCACGGUCCAGUGACAGCCAGUCAUGGUAAGGGAUGAAGUGGGCAAAUGAGGUGAACUGGGGAGGGCAAACUGGAGAGUGGAGAAGCUUCAGUCGAUUUUCCACAAGCCCCAGCUUUGCAUGGCAGUAGGAUCAAUGAAAACACUUCCAGAAAAAUACUUCUAAUGAAAACAUGGCAUUUUACUGACGGGAAAACAUUUAUUAAAAUGCGUUUCAAAACAUUAUGUUCUUCAAGUGAAAAGCCAAAGCAACUUUCUAUUCUUUGUGGCCAAAAACAUUUCCUUUGUUUUCCAGACUGUGAGUUUUCCAAUUUCAAGUCGGUACUUCCUGGAGAAGGACAGCUCCAGUCAGUCUUCAACACAUCUAGUCAGAGCUCUUACUGGAAACAGAAGUAACCUUUAGGAACACUUCCAAUGAGACACCAUUUCUCUGAAAGGAGAAUAAUUCAAUAGCUCUUCCUGGAGUGCAACAUAUAACUAUGAAUGCAGGAAGCAAGAAAGAGGACAUUGCACUGCACUGACUACUGUCGCAAGAGGGAUGCUGUGAUUAUUCUGAUCAUCCUCUGCUUUUUAUUAAUAAUAUUCCUGUGAUUCCAGUGACACAGACUGAUGUGUCAUCAUUAUAUGGACGUGAAACCAAAGAGUCUUUCCUACCUCAGGUCAAGGCUCUUCUCUGGUGCAGGAAUUCUGUUCAUUUCUUGCAAGUUCCACAAAUAACACCCUGAAACACACCAUUUCCCAAAUUCCUGCUACACUGGCUAGAAAAGAAGAAAAUCAAAUCAAAGCCCCCAAAAUCUUCUGCUACGUAAUCACAGGUGUUCGGACAGCUUACUGAGGUUUACAUGUGGGGAACGAAGGAUUAACUCCCCUCUCCAUGCUUCAUUUUAGCUGGUAAAUAACUUAGAAGAUGAUGCGUCUCUACAAACAAUCACAAUUAAAACCAUAUAUUUAAUGUUUACAAUCCAAAUGUCACUAAUAGUAUUUUUAAUGAAUUUCAUGACUCUAGCAAGCUGAAGAUUGACCAGACAGUGGGACAAAAUACAUACACGUUUAUGUAUCAGUAUAAGAAAGGGAGAAAAAAUUCAGUUCUAAAACUGAGGUAGAAAAAAAUAUAGGAUACCCUUGUGAUGUGGAACAUAGAAUUUCCCAGAGCUAUUUAUACUUUCUUAGGGUCCAAGGAGAACAAAAGAGAAAGAGAUUCACUCUUCCCUUUUCACCAUCUUGCGUUGGCUAUCAUUACUCAGGGCUGCAUACUUAACCCCAAAAGGAAUUUACUUAUGUAGUAAAAACAGCUUCUGGGUAAGGACUGAGCAGGCACCAGUCAGUGGUACUGCAUGUAAUGCAUGUAGAAGACUACAAGUUUGGGCUGGUGUCACAGCUACUGCUGAGCACAAGUAGAGCACUCUCCCCUUGCUCUAGGCUCUACCAAAGUCUGACUGGGCUUUCACAAUCCGAUGGCCAGCUUCGUGCCAUGAAGCAGACCAUCUGCAUUCACUUGCUUAGAGAAGCAUCUUAGCCAUGAUCUGCAUAAAAACACCAGAUGUGAAUGUUUCACUGCCAUAGAGAAAUUCAAAGUGCUUGGAAAAAGAUAAUUUCUGUUUCUAAAAUAGAAGAAAAAAAACAAACCUCAAACCACAGACACGUAUAGUUUCUUCAUACUCUGUAAGCUUGUAUAGUUUGGCAUGAGCUGUGCAUGAAAAGUACAUUUGAGAA